AUGGAGACCAUCAGUAGACUACCCCGGCGCCUGACACAGCUCUAUUCCGAUACCAAAACCACAUGCGAUGCCGUUGUGGAACAGGACGCCAAAGAUACGCCUGAGUCGCAUGCGCUGCAUCGCAAGUUUAGGAUACAGAAAGACCGGCUCAUAACAUGGGGCGUCGACUGGAGCGACAACUCCAAGGGGAAGCAGGGCGACAUCGACGACAGCGUGGAAGAGGCAGGCAUGACAGAGACAGUCACAAGCGUGCUCGGUACGAUCAAGGAAAUCCUCGAUGAGGCGGAAAAGAUGCACCCGGGCACAUCUGCUGCGGGCGGGGGAAAGACACUGUCUGGAGAGAAGAGCCGGCCUGACCUCCCCUCGUGGGCGGCCGCCGACAGGUCACGUUACGAGGACCUCAUCAAGGACCUUACCACCUCCAUCGACAUACUCUACGAUCUUUCACGAAAUCGAAGAGCCCAGAGAAGCAAUGAACGUGCUAUCAGUCCAGGAAAAGCUGCGCCGCGUCCCACCAUAUCUACUCCCGUUUUCUUGUCGCCCGACUACAACGCCUCUGACUUGACACUUGUUAACCCAGCCACCUUUCCUCUGAAUGCACACACACCCAAGUCUCAUCUUCCACCAAAACUAGAUCCUGCAGACCUGAUCCUCCCUGACGAGGAACCCCCACCAUACGAGAGCGUCGGGACUACCUCUGUUCGUGUCAUCGGUCGUCUCCGAUCUCGCCACAGCUCCACGAACCCCUGGAAGACGGAUGGAAGUAGGAACAUAGAGACUUGCGUUCUGGUUGACUACGCAUGUUACGACCCUACCUAUCGACUCACUGAAGUAUCUCCACCCACGGACCGCCUCGAGAAUCUCCUGUCCAUCUUGACGAAGCUGACCCACAACCAAUCUUUCCACGGUACUCUCAAGUGUCUUGGUUACUUUGAAGACCCAAAGCAGCCACGUUUUGGUCUCGUCUUUGAACUACCCACCUCGGUCUACUCAGGACCAGCCGACUCUCACAAGCCAGUUGAGGAACUCAAGCCAGUCACACUGCUCAGUGUAUUGCAGACUGGCUCCAAGUCUCAACACAACUCCAACAGUGCCACUCCGCCGCUUGAAGACCGCUUUCGUCUGGCCUUUACGCUCGCCUUGACCUUCAGCAAGGUUCAUGGCGACAAUUUCCUUCACAAGGACGUCAACAGCACCAACAUCAUGGUCUUCAAGAAGAGCAAGAGACAAUCUGCCAACAGCAGAGCAUUGCAAUACUCGCUGCGAGCACCUGUCAUAUGUUCCUUCGACCUGUUCUCCGACUUUGACAUUGAGACUUCCAGAACGACACCAGCAUUGAACAUCUAUCGUCACCCGGAAGAUCCUAAAUUUACCGGAAACAAGGACCAAGAGUACAACGCCAAUUUCGAUCUCUAUGGCCUAGGACUGGUACUGCUCGAAAUAGGAUUAUGGGUGCCUCUGCUUGACCUCUGGAAGCAAAAGUACACCCUCAGUGACUUCAAACAACGGAUAGAAGAUGUGUACAUCCGUAGGCUUGCUUCCAAAUGCGGAACAGCCUACAUGCAGGUAGUGCGCGACUGCUUCUGGGCCGCUGAUGUCAAGGGCGAUAACGCGAUCGAUGUCCCGCAGGUCUACACACGCAUCCUUACCAGAUUGCAACGCUGCUGCAUGCUCGACGAAUCUGAACCUGGUUUCGACUUGAGUGAACUCAGACCGGGUUCCACACCUAUACAGCAAGCAUCUCCAUUGAAGCGCAAGAGCGUAAGUCAGCCACAAAUAGCAACCGAUGCCCAGUCAAGCCCAUCAUAUAGGAGCGCAAAGCGAUGGGCACUGGAAAAGGGAUCACAGGCGCUGGAAAGGACCAAGUCUCUCUCGAAGAAGUCGCCAGAUCUCUCAUUGGCUCGUAAUCCAUCCCGGAGCUCGCAACAUUCUAUUCGAAAGAGCAUCUCAGAAAGUUUGCGUAUGAUGAGUCCAAAGGAAGAAACUACAGAGAUGGAGUGGGAGCAGAAAGAUCCUUUGGAAGAAUCAGGUACUCUUGUCGAGACUCCACCAAACUCGCAAGACCUCAGCGACAAUUCUUCUUUGUACAGAGAACGUGUGAUAACCGCUGCUUCAAUAAUCCAGCGCGCAUGGCGACAAUCACGCAACCCUUCCGAUCGAGGCGCAACGCUUCAAGACUACAAAGACAAAAUCACUAUCAUCCAGAAGGCUUGGCGCCAGACAAAACAAAAACGGAGCAGUAACACUGUCUCAGCCCUGGUCAGUGAUGGGCUGAGGCACUGGCCACAAGCUACUCUCGGCUAUCCUACACCUGAACCCGAGGUUCAAAGCAGGACAGUCGACUCGAGUGAGAGCUACGUCACGUCCUCAAUACAAAUCGAGACCGAUAUGGAACACGCUCCUCGGCCAAAACUUCGCCUCUUCCCCGUCAAAUUUACUCCCGAGAUUGUGGAUGAGUGGCAUUCAUCUAUGUUGCCCCGCCUUGAGCGUCUGAUUGAACGCGCACUCAGAGACUCUGAAGAGACUGUCAGCAUUGAUCUUGUCGCUAUUGGAGAAGUACUCGAGAAAGCCAAGCCUACUGUGUUUGUCACCUGUACCAGUGUGGCCAAGGUCAAAGCUAUCCUUAGUCGUCGCUUCCGCUACGAUGAGAACGUGUAUGAUCUCAAAGUCCGGAGGGGAAAGAUCAGGCGGUCCAAAAUGAGCCGUUCGUCGCGCCGAACUAGGCCACCCCAUCGAUCGAUGAUGAACACCAAUGCCUACGAUGCUGACAUGCAAGUGAUGAAUCCUUAUCAUCAGGAGCGUCCACUAUGUGGCGCUUCUAUUGGAGCUUUCAGGGGUGAACACCUGCCUCCAGUGUCCUAUGGUGGAGUUAUUUUGGUCGACGAUGGGCCACUGGGCAUGAGCGUCCAUCACCUACUCGACGCACCGUCUGAUGAUGAAGAUGACAUUGGUGAAGAACCCGAUAGCCCUCUUCCCAGUGACGUGAUGUUAUCAAGUGCAGCGAACAAUCCCUGGUUGAUGGGUAUGGGUGAGCAGCCAGAUCUUUAUCUGGAGUCGGAUGAGCCUGCCGCGAUGUGGGAUCUUGAACUCUCAGACGACGAUGACCUGAAGAGUGAGGAUGAGGAUGCUGAUAUCGAUUCGUUCGACUUUUCCGACAGCGAGCUCGAAUCUGACGAUGACUCUGCAGAAGACAUGGCCGAUUCCAUCGUCUCGCGCGCAACUAUGGGUGAUAUUGACGGCAUUGUUCCAGGCGAAGGCGAGGAGAUUAAGAUCACACAACCAGCCAUCGAUGACGUCGACGCAGACUUCUUCCCUAACGAAGAAGAUCGCGACGACGACCAUCUUUCCUCGCACGAGCUAGGUCACGUUCAUGCUUCUUCCGGAAUUCGCCGCUGGAAACGCGAUGGUAUCCUCCAUGAAAUUGACUGGGCGCUCCUCAAACUCAAAGAAGAUCGCCUUCAACCAUAUAAUAUAUGCCAAGGAGGUCGUCGCUUCUGCAUGGGCAACAUGACACCCGAACAACGUGCGAUAGCCUCCAAGCUCGAAAAGCCAGUCAACCGCCGUAACUUCACUCCAGAAGAAGACGAGUAUCCUAACGGCGUUGCCCCCACUUCGUCUCUCGGUGGUAUGUCUGUGCAUUGUUUCGGCCGGACAACCGGCCUCCAAGGCGGCAUGAUCAGCAGCGUCAUGUCCGCCGUUCGCAUCUAUCACCGCAAGUCCUUCUCACGCUCCUGGCACGUCGCCGGUGGAUUCGGCAAAGGCGGCGACAGCGGAGCCUGGGUCGUGCAAAACGGCCACCACAAAGUCGUCGGCCACGUCCUCGCAUUCUGUCACAAGAACCAAAUCGCCUACAUCUGCCCGAUGGAAGUCCUCCUUGAAGAUAUCAAGCGCACACUAGGCGCCAAACGCAUCUAUCUUCCGGGCUCUGUAGAGCAGACGUUGUACAAGGCCAAGAAGGCUAGACAGCACGAGGUUAUCGAGGACCUGGGUGCGAGAGUUCAAGGUCUAGGUAUUGUGGAUUCUGCGGUGGAUGUCAGGGAGAGUUUGGGAUCUGGGCCACCGGCUAAUGGCGGUCUGUGGGAGAGGCUAGAGCGGGGAGUGGAUAGCGACAAUCAGAAUACGAGAUCUGCCAUGAGGAGCAGUAUCAUGCAUGUCAACAACGGAAGGGAUGGGGGAUUGGAAAUGAGUGUCAAGUAA